CCAGGUGAGCGCAUGCGCAGUUCAUUUUGGAGCGAUCAACGUGCAUUGCUUUGCUUAGCUCUGGGUUUUUGUUUGAGUUUUCAGCAUCCACUCGAGUGAGCUAAUUGUUUAUUACAACGUGGUUGCUUAUUUGAAGAUCAGAAGUUAGUUUUUUUGUUAAGAGUAACAAUUAUUGUGAUCAAAUGGCUUAUAAAUACAAAUCAAGAGUACAAUUGGGUUAUGAAGAUGAAUAUAUAACUGAAAAACAUCGAUCGCUUAUUAAUUUUGCCACUAAUAAGAUUGGUGGUAAACCGGACACACAUAAAACGGAAAGUACCUUACCGUCGCCAGUUUGUAAACUAUGUGGACUAAAUCAAUUAUUAGUAGUACAAAUUUAUGCACCAUUAGAAAAUUCAAAGUACCAUAGGACAUUGUAUAUAUUUACAUGUAUAAAUCCAAACUGCUUCAAUCAAAAUGAGAGCUGGACGUGUCUGAGAGUGGAGUCCUUGGAGGAGAAGACCAUAAACGAGACAUUGAAGCAGCCAUCAGUGGUCCCGCCGACGACCAGUUGGCUCUCUCAAGCGGACGACUGGGGCGAAGACGGGAAUGACAAUGUGUCUGAGAAGAACGGCAACAACAUGCUGAGCAAUGACACCGACAAGUUGCAUCUCUUUAUGUCCACGUCAAUCGGCGAGCUGAAUGACGAUCUGUCAAACCUGCGAGUUGACGACCCGAAUGCCAACAGUCCAGCCAGUGUCGAGUCUCCCGUAGGUGGUGCAGUCGGCAGACUCGAUUCUCCGCAAGCCUCUGCUGAAAUCGAGGGAGAGGAGGGCGAAGUUGUCUCUAUUGACACUCCAACUCGACCCCAGUCCAACCUGAUGGAGCUGUUCAAUGGCAGCACUCCUCAUCCGUUCCAGCACUCUGAUAUUGAUGCUCCUUUUGAUCUUACCUUCGCUGAGAUGUUUAUCGGGGUUGAGGAAGAGGAUUUGACGCUGGAAGUUAAUCAGCAUGUCAGGGAUUUAUAUCUUCAGUAUAAGAAAAAUAAUCCUAAUGAUUUGAAUGAGGAGACUAAUCAAGAUGCCCAGACUAAUGAUAACACAGGAAUGGAAGAAAAGUAUGAAAAAAGUAUUCCUAAACAUGGCGAUGAAAUGUUUCAUAAUUUUGACUGUCGGGUUAAGAGGAAUCCUGGACAAUUAUUACGAUAUUGCCGUGAUAACUCAGCAGCAUUAUUAUUAUCCCCGAUAAGAUGGAAUAUAGAACCAUGCAAGAACUGCGGAGCCGAAAGAAUUUUUGAGUUACAAAUUUUGUCAACAAUAAUACCUAAAUUAAAACUUGUGCCAUGCAGAGAUCGUGACUAUGAGAUAGAAUUUGGCACAGUGUUAAUUUUUACGUGUUCAGCCAGCUGCUGGUCUGCUAACGAUACGUACAAAGAAGAAUAUGUGAUCGUUCAAGCCGAACCUUAAGAGUGAUUAAGCCAAAAUAUAUAUAUUUAAAUAUUAAAUAUAUACGAUAUAAUAUAUAUUUAAUAAUUAAUUAAUAAUUAACAAUUGAUUAGUCAAUAUUCCAACUCGAUAAUUCCAUAAUAAUAAAUUAGCAUUUAUUUUUCGUCAACUGUCGCAGACUUCCGUCCGCUCAAUUAGAUAUACAGCUCUCAUCUUUAUUUAUUUUUAUCAAAUUUAUUUCCACUAGAUAUAUAUAUAUUAAAUAACAUAAUAUUUAAUAUACCGAAAGUUCAAAUUUAUGCUAAAAUUUAUUUGAUAAAUCGCAACUGCUCUGUUAGCUUUGACGAUUGAUUUAUCAAUAAUUUAAGAUUUUAAAUGUAAAUAGCUAAAUCAAGUCAUCCAUAUUUGUAUUUUAGAAAUGCAAUUUUAACUAGUGAUGCUUUUUUGAGAACUCUAUACAAAUAAAAUAUAAAAAUAAUAAUAAUAAAUUUAAAUAUUAAGUAGAUUAUUCGCAUUUAAAAAGACGGUAAUUAUUUACAAGUGGGGUUAAUCUCAUUUUGGGCCAUAACUCGGU